AUGUCGACAGUCCUGUCCUAUUUGCGGUCAGGAAAAUCGGUCAACGUAGACGACGACGACGAGUGUAAACGUAAAUCCAGUACGACCUUUGCUGGUUUCCCUGUAAACGAAAAUUUGAACGAAAGUAAAACGAAGUCGUCGAAGGGUAAAAGUACUUCGAAAAGUAACGUAUCUGAUUCCAGUGGCGACGCUAACGUAGCUGGUACGAGUAGUUCUGGUUCUGGUGAACAAGUUGGUCCAACCGAUUCUGCUUCUCCUCCUCCUCCGUCUAAUCCGUCAUCCGGUCCUCCACCUCCUCCACCUCCUGGUCCAUCCGACGAUCCGAGCGACGUUAGUGAUAGUAGCGACGACGACGACGAGUCCGACGAAGCAGCUGUAGAAUCUGAUUCGAGUAGUUCGUCUGGUAGUAUGUUCGGUGCCGGUGAUAGUCGCGUAAUGGAGUCGAUGGUCUUUCGCGGUCCGAAAGAGUUCUUGGAGGCAUUUUAUACGCUCGUCAACGAUAUGGAGAGUUUGGACGUGAAAUUGACCCCUUCGGAGGUCUACACGUAUCUGAUCAAUGCGUUAGGCAAUUCGCCUAAGUACGAGUCAGUGCGUAUGACUGCUCGAGGACUAGUUCACGUCACAGCUGGAGAUCCAAAUCCAAAGUUAAUUUCAUCAUUGCUUUUGAGUUUGGAAGAUGCCUCGAAGAACUCCUCGACUUCGAAGAGUUCGACAAGUACCGGUUCAGCGAUGGCCGCAUCCGAUCAAUCCGGUAAUAAUAAUAAUAAACGUAAUCGUAAUCGUAAUAAAUCGCGUAGUAGUAAUUCGAACUCGUCCAGUAAUUCGUCGAACGGUAACGGUGAUCGUAGUGGUAAUAAUGGCUUCGUACAAGCCAAAGAUCGUCGUAAUUGUCCGCAGAACGGUGAUUCGUCGCGUAAUAACGGUGGUAACGGUUCGUCGAGUGGUACGUCGGGUACGUCUGGUCCGUCAGGUUCGUCCGGUUCGUCAGGGCCUCGGCCUUCGCUAGCUUUAGGUCUUUCUACGCCGUUUUCUGAAAAAAAGAAAAAUCUUUUGUUAGAUGAUCGUCGUAGGAGUGAAAUCGUAGAUGAAUUCGUGAAAGAUAGGUUCGGUCGUAGUAGUUUCGGUGACAGUGUCGCGAUAUCCAAUUUCGGUGACUCGACUGCUUUGAAUCUCGGUGAAGAAAAUGCAUACGUCGAGACAAACGACGACGACGGCGUCGAUUUUAUCACGUUUGUCGUCGAUAGUGGUGCGACGUCGCAUUUUCUGAAACAUCGUGGAGUCUUGCACGAUGAGAGGAAAAUAAACGAAAGUUUACAGUCCGCUCAUUGUGAAGUCUCUUUGAUCAAAGAAGGAGUAGAAGUAGACGAAACGCGUAAGAUACACGAUGUUAUUAACGAUCAUUUGUUAAAAACAUCGGUAUCAGUGAGUGUAAGCGAUGUGAAUAUCGUACCUACGGUUACACCAGUAAGUAACGUUGAUUCAGCUCCUGGUUGCUCCAAUUGGAUAAACCCAGAUGAGCUGACUGAAGCCGAACGUAGCGGUGAUAAUUUAGUAGAUCGUAGUUUAAUCGAUACAUCAUCUUCGGAUGAACCGAUUGCUGUAGCGAACACGGUCGAAUCAAAACGUACCAGACAUAUAGAUGUCUGUUACCAUCAUAUACGCGAUUUAGUCACGAAACAGAUUAUAUACUUGCAAAAGAUAUCUUCGGCAGAUCAACUUGCCGAUAUUUUAACCAAAGCCACGACACUGUUUACUAACACCGGUAUUGAUAAGAAGCAACAAGUUUUACGUUUAUUUAAGUGGUACGCGUGUUAG